AUGGCUAAGUUACAGGAACACAACAAACUCCUCUCGUCUAAAGUGGACGAAACACAACAGUUGCUUAACCAGCAGCAAACACAGAAUAUCCAGACUGACCGAUCGCCGCAGAGCCUACAUACUCCCCAUCAGCAGAAGAAGGGUAAAAAGGGGGCUAAGGCAACGCCUGCGCCCUCCAAACGGCUGGUAGUCCCGGCACCGAAAGAUAGGCCCCAUGUGCCGAAGAAAGUCUAUUCCGAUUGCUGCCAUAAGUUGUUGGAUCGAGAAGCCGAACGGCAAACCGAACGACAAGGAUCACCAGUCAGGAUAAAUGCUCACCUAGACGAUCCCCGACUGAGAAACCUAGGGAGGAAAUCACCCAUACGGAGGAUACAAGUCUUGGAAUCAUCGGCAGAGUCCGAUCACGAAUACGCCCCAUCCACUUAUCGGGAAUCAACUUACUGUUCGGCAACGCCAACGAGGCACUCUGAGGUCAACCCGGUCGGGUUCCCACCACGAUCGGAAUAUCAGACCACAGAGGAAAUCCCAAGCCAGGACCCGAUUAUUCGCCUCCUCCUACAGAGGAUGCAGAAGAUAGAGGACGACAAGACCCGUUCGCAAGAGCCUGAUUGGGGAAAGCUCCGGUCGGGACCCUUCACCGAGCGCAUAAAGCGCUCACAGCAGAACAGAGAUGUACAUCCCCUAUGCAUAUCAUCCUACACAGGCACAGAGGAUCCUCUGACGCACCUUCACUCUUUCCAAUCUACUGUGGGGUGCCGAGGGCUAAGCGACGAGGGGCAGUGCCUGCUGUUCCCGUCUUCUCUCACAGAGGCAGCCUUGAAUUGGUUUCACCGUUUGAAACCAGGGACGAUCGAUUCCUUCGAUGAGCUGAAGCAGAUCUUCCUGAACCAUUUCAUGAUUCAAACGGAUAGACUGUACUCUGCCGAUGACCUGUACACCAUUCGGCAAAGAGACGACGAGCCUCUGCGCAAGUAUGCCGCAAGCUUCAGCCAUGAGUACUCAAGAUGCCCAGAUACCGAUGACAGGGCAGCCUACGACGCCUUUAAGAGUGGCCUUCGGUCCUCGCACUUUCGGUAUCUAGUACAUAGCAACAAUUGGCGUACAUACGAUGAGCUGAUGAAACAAGCGGCAAUUCACGCAAAAGCCGAGUAUUUCAAUUCGAAAGUCGAGCCAACGGCUCGGCAGAAUGACCUUGUCCAGCGGUCGGCAAAA